AUGCAGGUAGCAGCGCUUCCCCAAGAGCUUCUCUCGCGGAUUCUCAACCUUGCUGUCGAACGGGAUCUGGGACAUAAGGACCAGAGGGCAACGACUUGGGCACAAUGCAAGCUCGUUUGCCGAGAGUGGCGGGACUAUGCUCGAGGUACCUGCACCACGCUGGUGGUUGCGUCGGGGGCUGGCAAGUCUGUCCACCUCAGGGAGGCUCUCCAGAACUACCCGCAUGUUGCAGAGCUUGAGAUUGUGGGGACCGGCAACCCGAGUGGCUUUGAAAGGCAGUACGAGUUGCUGUCGUCGAGGGCGUGGUUCUCUGUGGAGCUGCAUACUGUGAAAUAA